GCUGGGCCUCCAGAAGAGAGGAUGCUGUCUGGUGCUGGGCUACAUGGCCAAGGACAAGUUUCGGAGAAUGAAUGAAGGUCAAGUCUAUUCCUUCAGCCAGCAGCCCCAGGACCAAGUGGUGGUGUCGGGACAGCCAGUGACGCUACUGUGCGCCAUCCCUGAAUACGAUGGCUUCGUUCUGUGGAUCAAGGACGGCUUGGCUCUGGGUGUGGGCAGGGACCUCUCAAGUUACCCACAGUACCUGGUGGUGGGGAACCACCUGUCGGGGGAGCACCACCUGAAGAUCCUGCGGGCCGAGCUGCAAGAUGAUGCGGUGUACGAGUGUCAGGCCAUCCAGGCCGCCAUCCGCUCCCGCCCCGCACGCCUCACGGUCCUGGUGCCGCCUGAUGACCCCGUCAUCCUGGGGGGCCCUGUGAUCAGCCUGCGUGCAGGGGACCCUCUCAACCUCACAUGCCACGCAGACAAUGCCAAGCCUGCAGCCUCCAUCAUCUGGUUGCGAAAGGGAGAGGUCAUCAAUGGGGCCACCUACUCCAAGACUCUGCUUCGGGACGGCAAGCGGGAGAGCAUCGUCAGCACCCUCUUCAUUUCCCCUGGUGACGUGGAAAACGGCCAGAGCAUUGUGUGCCGUGCCACCAACAAAGCCAUCCCCGGAGGAAAGGAGACGUCGGUCACCAUUGACAUCCAGCACCCCCCACUGGUCAACCUCUCGGUGGAGCCACAGCCAGUGCUGGAGGACAACGUCGUGACUUUCCACUGCUCUGCAAAGGCCAACCCAGCUGUCACCCAGUACAGGUGGGCCAAGCGGGGCCAGAUCAUCAAGGAGGCAUCUGGAGAGGUGUACAGGACCACAGUGGACUACACGUACUUCUCAGAGCCUGUCUCCUGCGAGGUGACCAACGCCCUGGGCAGCACCAACCUCAGCCGCACGGUUGACGUCUACUUUGGGCCCCGGAUGACCACAGAACCGCAAUCCUUGCUCGUGGAUCUGGGCUCUGAUGCCGUCUUCAGCUGCGCCUGGACCGGUAACCCAUCCCUGACCAUCGUCUGGAUGAAGCGGGGCUCUGGAGUGGUCCUGAGCAAUGAGAAGACCCUGACCCUCAAAUCCGUGCGCCAGGAGGACGCGGGCAAGUACGUGUGCCGGGCUGUGGUGCCCCGUGUGGGAGCCGGGGAGAGAGAGGUGACCCUCACUGUCAAUGGACCCCCCAUCAUCUCCAGCACCCAGACCCAGCACGCCCUCCACGGCGAGAAGGGCCAGAUCAAGUGCUUCAUCCGGAGCACACCACCGCCGGACCGCAUCGCCUGGUCAUGGAAGGAGAACGUUCUGGAGUCGGGGACAUCGGGGCGCUACACGGUGGAGACCAUCAGCACCGAGGAGGGCGUCAUCUCCACCCUGACCAUCAGUAACAUCGUGCGGGCCGACUUCCAGACCAUCUACAACUGCACGGCCUGGAACAGCUUCGGCUCCGACACUGAGAUCAUCCGGCUCAAGGAGCAAGAGUCUGUGCCGAUGGCCGUCAUCAUUGGGGUGGCCGUAGGAGCUGGUGUGGCCUUCCUCGUCCUUAUGGCAACCAUCGUGGCCUUCUGCUGUGCCCGUUCCCAGAGAAAUCUCAAAGGUGUUGUGUCAGCCAAAAAUGAUAUCCGAGUGGAAAUUGUCCACAAGGAACCGGCCUCUGGUCGGGAGGCUGAGGAGCACUCCACCAUCAAGCAGCUAAUGAUGGACCGGGGUGAAUUCCAGCAAGACUCAGUCCUGAAACAGCUGGAGGUGCUCAAAGAAGAGGAGAAAGAGUUUCAGAACCUGAAGGACCCCACCAAUGGCUACUACAGCGUCAACACUUUCAAAGAGCACCACUCAACCCCAACCAUCUCCCUCUCCAGCUGCCAGCCCGACCUGCGUCCUGCGGGCAAGCAGCGUGUGCCCACAGGCAUGUCCUUCACCAACAUCUACAGCACCCUGAGCGGCCAGGGCCGCCUCUACGACUACGGGCAGCGGUUCGUGCUGGGGAUGGGCAGCUCGUCCAUCGAGCUUUGUGAGCGGGAGUUCCAGAGAGGCUCCCUCAGCGACAGCAGCUCCUUCCUGGACACGCAGUGUGACAGCAGCGUCAGCAGCAGCGGCAAGCAGGACGGCUACGUGCAGUUCGACAAGGCCAGCAAGGCUUCUGCCUCCUCCUCCCACCACUCCCAGUCCUCGUCCCAGAACUCUGACCCCAGUCGACCCCUGCAGCGGCGGAUGCAGACUCACGUCUAAGGAUCACACACCGCGGGUGGGAUGGGCCAGGGAAGAGGGCAGGGCAGGUUCCGGUUGUCCAGGGACGAGGGGUACUUUGCAGAGGACCCCAGAACUGGCCACCUCCAGGACAGCCUCCCAGCGCCUCUGCCACCGCCUUCCUUCGAAGCUCUGAUCAAGCACAAAUCUGGGUCCCCAGGUGCGGUGUGCCAGAGGUGGGCGGGUGGGGAGACAGACAGAGGCCGCGGCCAAGUGCGCUGUGCUCAGUGCUGGACACCAUGUCCCCGGCCCUUUCCUGGAGGCCCCUCUACCACCUGCUCUGCCCACAGGCACAAGUGGCAGCUAGAACUUUGCUUUCACGAAACUGCGGUCCACUCUCUGGACUCUCCGUGGGCUCUACCCCUCGCUGACCACAAGCCCUCCCUGCCCCUGUGCCUGUGCUCCCAUACAGCCCUGGGGAGAAGGGGAUGAGGUCUUCCCAGCACUGAGCCGCCCCAGAAACCCCGGCUCCCCACGGCUGCUCAUAGCCCAUACCCUGGAGGCUGAGAAGCCAGAAAUGGCCUUGGCUAAAGGAGCCUCCCUCUCACCAGGAUGGCCGGGAGCCCACCCCCAAUUUGUUUGGUGUUUCGUGUCCAUACUCUUGCAGUUCUGUCCUUGGACUUGAUGCCUCUGAACUCUGCGGUGGGACCGGCCCCACCAGAGCCUGGUGCACUGGGGGGAGGGAGGGAGGAGGGAGCCUGUGCUUACCGAGCACCUGGCCCGGCGUGCCCCUCCUGGGCUGUGUGACCCCAGCCUCCCCACCCACCUCCUGCUUUGUGUACUCCUCCCCUCCCCCUCAGCACAAUCGGAGUUAAUAUGAGAAGUGCGGGAGCUUCUCUGGUCAGGGUUCUCUGAACAGUUGUGGAGACAGUGCUUCCUGCGAGGUGUGGCAUUUGAAGGGGCUGGAGGGCAGGUCUUUAAGAUGGCGAGACUGCCCUUCUCAGCUGAUAAACACAAGAACGACGAUCCUGUCUUCAGUAAGGCUCCACGAGAAGAGAGGAAGUAUAUCUACACCUCACCCCUCCCAGUCACCACCUGAGAAUAAAUGUUAGGGACAGUACUCCAA